AUUUGUUGACAGCAAAGUUCGAGAAUAAAAAUAUCAAUUUUAAAUAGUAGGAGAAUUAAAUGACCAUUUUCCCUUGGUUUAUCUAUUAUUAUGCAUUAAAAAUAAGUUACUAUAGCGCAUUGAUUUAAAAAAAAAAAAAAAAUUGGCCAGCCUGAGUACCAUUAUUUUAAACAUGGGAUAUUGCACAUUAAUUUUUUCAAAUUUGGACCAUGUAUGCUGCUCCGGGAGGUGUGUCAAGAAAAAUCUAGUCUCUUUGAACCUGUCAAGUGUCAACAAUCACAUACCUUUUAGCAAAUAAUAAAAUAUGUUAUACGAAUAAAGGUUUUUCCAUUUUUUAAGUUAAAAUAUUUCGAAACAAAGUUUAUGAAAAAAUCGUAUAAAUGAAAACUGGAAGAAUAUCCCAUGAGAAUCUCAACUCCGCACCAUUGGAGAGAUUGGCCCCUUCUUCUUCUUCUUCUUCCUACACCUCUCUCUCUUCUUCUUCCUUCAGCUUCACCUGCAUCAGCACAAAUCCCCAAUCUCUUCUUCAAAUUUAGAUCCUUUCUUUCUUCACUCGAAUCACGGAUUUGAGAUUCUCUCUACGUUACGCGUUUUCAAUGGUGACCGUUUCUGGAGAUUCAUUGCAGAUCUGAAUACAAGGAUGAUAUGAUCACAAACCCAGAAACUCAAAAUCUGAUUUUUUGAUCAUCAUCAUGUCGACGACUCAUGGCGUGGAACAUGUUGGUUUACCAACCAAAAUAGAAGCUACGAAAUCGUCGAAACAGGGUUGUUGCAACCCGGUUAAGAAACCCGGACCCGUUUCAAUGGAUCAUGUUCUCUUAGCUCUCCGUGAGACGAGAGAAGAGCGAGAUUUACGAGUCAGGAGCUUGUUCAAUUUCUUCGAUUCUGAGAAUGUUGGUUACUUGGAUUGUGCUCAAAUCGAGAAGGGUUUGUGUGCGCUUCAAAUCCCAAGUGGGUAUAAAUACGCUAAGGAGUUGUUUAGGGUUUGUGAUGCGAAUCGAGAUGGGCGUGUUGAUUAUCAUGAGUUUCGUAGAUAUAUGGAUGAUAAGGAGCUUGAGUUGUAUAGAAUCUUUCAAGCUAUUGAUGUUGAGCAUAAUGGUUGCAUUUCUCCUGAGGGGCUAUGGGAUUCGCUUGUGAAGGCUGGGAUUGAGAUAAAUGAUGAGGAGCUUGCUCGUUUUGUGGAACAUGUUGACAAGGACAAUGAUGGAAUAAUAAUGUUUGAAGAAUGGAGAGAUUUUCUUUUGCUGUACCCUCAUGAAGCUACCAUUGAAAAUAUAUACCAUCACUGGGAAAGAGUAUGCCUUGUAGAUAUUGGAGAACAAGCUGUUAUUCCGGAAGGCAUCAGCAAACAUGUAAAGAGGAGCAACUAUUUCAUCGCAGGUGGCAUAGCUGGUGCAGCUUCUAGGACUGCUACUGCACCUCUAGAUCGCUUAAAAGUUCUUUUGCAAAUUCAGAAAACUGAUGCUAAAAUCCGAGAAGGCAUAAAGUUGAUAUGGAAGCAGGAUGGAGUUAGGGGUUUUUUUCGAGGUAACGGGUUGAAUAUUGUGAAGGUAGCACCAGAGAGUGCCAUCAAGUUCUAUGCAUAUGAGCUUUUCAAAAACGCUAUUGGUGAAAACAUGGGUGAAGACAAAGCAGAUAUAGGCACAACAGCUAGACUUUUUGCUGGAGGUAUGGCUGGUGCAGUGGCUCAAGCCUCUAUAUACCCUUUGGAUCUUGUGAAAACUCGGUUGCAGACUUGCACAAGCCAAGCAGAUGUUGUUGUUCCCAGGCUUGGAACGCUCACCAAAGACAUACUGGUUCAUGAGGGUCCACGCGCCUUUUACAAAGGUCUUUUCCCUUCUCUUCUCGGGAUUAUUCCUUAUGCGGGUAUUGACCUUGCUGCGUAUGAAACAUUAAAGGACUUGUCCAGGACAUAUAUUCUUCAAGACGCUGAACCAGGUCCGCUCGUGCAACUAGGAUGCGGAACAAUCUCAGGAGCUCUUGGAGCAACCUGUGUUUAUCCUUUGCAGGUUGUGAGAACAAGAAUGCAAGCGGAACGAGCAAGAACCUCCAUGUCAGGAGUAUUCAGGAGAACAAUAAGUGAAGAAGGUUACAGAGCACUCUACAAAGGGCUUCUACCAAACCUUCUAAAGGUUGUUCCUGCUGCAAGCAUUACAUAUAUGGUUUACGAAGCAAUGAAAAAGAGUCUAGAACUUGAUUGAUUAGUGGCUUCACUUCAGUUCGAUAUUGACGAAAAAACGGGAAUAAUAAAAGGAGAACCUAUAAAACUAGGUUAUUUUAACAUACUUAAUUCUUCUAAACAUCAUUUGUAUGAGAUAAUACUAUAAGAUUCUUGUUUCCCCAAACUUUAAAUUUUUUUGCAAGUGUACAAAAGCUCUCUUUACUUUUUUUA